UGAUAUUUGUUUCAUAAAAAAGGGGAGAGAGAGAGAGAGAGAGAACAAGAGGUUGGGAGAGAGAGAGAGAGAGAGAGAGUGGGGAAGAGAGACUCUUAAGCGCUUUGUAUUGGCGCUUGGGGGGAGGCCUGAAUGCGUGUCGUUGCUGUAGUUUUAAAUGGCGUCUUUUUGCUAAAACUACUAUUUGGGAUAUAGAGAAGAGAGAGAGAGAGAGAGAGAAAAAGAGCCUUUUAAUUUUUUAAGAGUUCCCAUUGCAAGCCCUUUGAUUAUUCUUCUAGGGCUAUGCUUGGUUUCCUCUUCUCAGACUAUGCCUUCUUAGAUCAGAGUUCCCUUCCUAGUUCAACUGAAGCUGCUCUAUUUUUUGUAUCUGAUCAUGGUAAAGAAGAUACCUUAUGUGAUUGGAUGGCAGACACUGAAACUUUGCGGAUUCCAAAUUGUGAUAAACACUCUCAUGGACAGUACAGAAAGGCUAAAUCAAUAAUAGAAGGAAAAGAGAUGGCCGAUAGUCCAAGCUCCUUAAAUUUUCCAAGAAGUUAUAUGCAGCCAUCAACUGUUAGCACAAUAUCUGAAACUUGUGCGCCAAAUUUUGUAUAUAGGCGAAGGAAGCCACAGGCAAACUCAGUCUCCAUUUUUUCACCACAGGCUGCAGCAAACGCAAAGAGAAGUGCUGAUUGCCUUUCAGUCAUAAGUUCUGAUGCACCUUCUGUGGUAGCCAAGGAGCAACUUGUGGGCUUUCAGGUUGAGCAUGAAAGCCAAACUGUUGGAGUGCCCAUCAAGGCUCCUCUUUUAUGCAUAAAAGAACCCCAUGUUUUAAGUUCACAAUCUAUCGAUGGAUGUUCAGUUGGGGAAGAGCAUGUUUCUGAUGCAGCACUCAAAAACAUCAGGCAAAAAUUUUUAGAGGUGGACAGUAUAAAUGACAGUUGCUCGUCAUCAAAAUCAAAUAUGGAACUUGUUUCAGCUUCCAUGAUGACCGAAAUGGAUGACACUGGUGAGUGCUCCUCAUCUAGUGUAAUGGUGAUGGAAGUCAAGGGGCAAGAUCUUUCAGAAAACGAUUUAUGCAUUUCUAUACUUAGAAGCCAGGGGGUGUUUGGAGGAGUUUUGCCUACCAAGAUUCAUGAUUCUGCUGAGGAUGCAGGAACUAGUAGUGGAAGAAGCUGCUCCCGGUCAUGCAAGAUUUGCGGUCAUUCAGAAACUACACUGAACAUGCUUAUUUGUGAUCAUUGUGAAGAAGCAUUUCAUGUUUCAUGUAUCAAUCCCCGUAUGAAGAAAAUACCAACUGAUGAAUGGUUUUGUCAUUCUUGUUUGAAAAAGAAGCUUAAAAUUCCAAAGGAAACAGCUACCAGAAAAUCGCCAAGCAUUGCCAGUGAAAUGGGCAGAGGUAGAAAUGCAUCAGCUAAAGGUGAAUCAAAUCCAAUAGCAUUGAUGUUGAGAGACAGUGAACCACAUACAAUGGGUGUUCGGGUUGGUAAAGGUUUUCAAGCAGAUGUUCCUGACUGGUCUGGUCCAAUAAUUGAUGAUGUUGCUGCCAUAGGAGAACCACUGGAAAUGGAUCCUCCAGAGUGUGUUACUUCACAUGUGUGGAACUUCAACAAGCCUCAUACACUUAACUCUAUAGGUAAUUGGCUUCAGUGUCGAGAAGUUAUAGACGGCAUAGGAGAAGGUGUAAAUGGAACUACAUGUGGAAAGUGGCGCAGGGUUCCUCUUUGUGAAGUCCAAACUGAUAACUGGGACUGCUUUCGCUCUGUCCUUUGGGAUCCAACCCAUGCCGAUUGUGCUGUUCCACAGGAGCUAGAAACAGAUGAAGUUUUAAUGCAACUAAAGUAUAUUCAGAUGCUGAGGCCCCAGCUAGCUGCCAAACGGCGAAAAUCAGAUCGUGCGCAGAGUAAUGGUGAUUCACAAAAACUUACAGUUGAUGCAUCAAACAUACGGACUAUAUAAUAUGGUGUCGGUUUGAAAAUGUCAAGUGUUUGGGUGGUUUUAGCUUAUUUAUGGCCUGUUCCGUUCAAAGCCCGUCUUGACGGGAACAUGACGGAUAGUCUCAGAGAAGUCUCGGCCUUCUCUCGUUCAAAGCAUGUCACAACGGAGACAUGACGCAAAAGCCUCAGAGAAGUCUCGACCUUCUUCCAUUCAAAGCCCAUCAAGACAGAGACUUAACGCACAGUCACAUGAAGUUUCUAUCUUCCCACGUGCAAAGCCCCUCAUGACAUGAUCUGUGAAAAAGCUACUAAAUGUUAGAGAGUUAGCGAUGAAAGCCUAGCCACGCGUCAUGACAUGAAGGACCUCAUCAUGACGCGAUGAAGAAUUCAUGCACAAUAAAAUCCCAUCUUGGUUUCAUUUUGACCGAUCUCUUUCCCAUUGCUCUUGAGUAAGCUUUGGAUGGUUUUGGUGAGGAAGAAAGUGAGAUCCUUCAUCCUAAAAUCCUUCUAGAUGUAUACCUUUAUUCACCAUUGUUAACCCAAGUGAAGAUUCCCAAAAGCUUUAUUCCACUUGAGGUUUUGUUCUAGUUUUGUUCAAACCGCACCAUACAUAUCCCUUGUCCACCAAAGAGCCUACUGGAGGAUCGAUGAGGAAAUGCACUUGAAGAAAAUUGGCUAGCUUGAAGGCAAACAGAAAGCUUGUUGUCAUACGAGUCUUAGAUUUACAAAGGGGUUUUGUAAGUUUCUUUGUCUGUACUUUGAAUCUUCUUUAUGAUAGUGAUUUUCAAGGUUUGGCUAGCAUGGAGUGGUUUUUCCCUUUGACUUGUUCUUAGGGUUUUCCACUUCGUAACAAAAAUCUUUGUCUUAUUGUUAUGAUGUUCUAUUAUUAGGUGUUGCAAU